UGCCUCUCCACCGCCUCCUCCCUCGCCGCACCUCGCCAGCUUCAGCACCACCGCUGCCGCCUCGCCGCCUGCAGCUGCCUCCGCCGCUGAGCUUGAGCUGCGGCUCCGCUGCCAGUCCUCACCGCCACCCCCUCUGCCUCUCGCGCGAUGCGGCUGCGCGUCUCCUUCGCCGACGCGCCCACGUUCCUGCGCAUGAUCCAGGCCGUGGCAAAGACGUCGCCCAAGUGCAUCAUCCGCCUCAGCGCCGCCGCCGUGCAGAUCAUCGUGCCCGGCGAGGCGCUCGAGAGCAUGCAGAUCUGGUCCACGGUGCCUGUCGACGCAUUCUUCAACGCCGACUACCGCAUCGAGUCCAACUUCAACAACCAGAUUAACCUCGAGAUCGCCACCGAGCCGCUGCUGCAGGCGCUGCGCUCCACGGGCAAAGACGCGGCAGACGUCACGAUGCGCCUCGCGAAGAGGGAUCGUGAUCCGCUGCUGAGCUUCAGCAUUGGGAAUACGACGAUGAACGGCGCGCGCCUCGAGAUCGUGCAAGAGGUGCUGAUCCGCAUCCUCAAGCCGGCCGACAUUAACCGCAUCCAAGAGCCCGUCUCGCCCGUGCCCGACGUGCACAUCUUCCUGCCCGCCAAGAUCUCCAAGCUGCGCAAGGUGGCCGAGCGCAUGCACUCGCUCACGGCGGACCACAUCCUGCUCUCGGCCAGCCGCAGUGGCGAGCUGAAGCUGGCGAUUGAGAAGGAUGACUGCAGAGUCGAGACGACGUGGAAGGACUGUGCGAGACCGAAGGGAGACGACAUCACACAAAGCGACGACGACCAUCCUGCAAGCCAUCACUUCUCGGUCAAGCUCGACAUGAAGUCCUUCAUGCGUCUCCUCUCCUCCAACAUCGUCGAUGCCAGCUCGAUCAUCGCGUGCAUCUGCGAGGCGCACUGCGCCAUCUUCUAUGUCUACAUCGGCGACACGAGCCAGCGCAGCAGCCGAGGGGUCAUGACGUUUUUCCUGCCCGGCCUCGACACAUGAGCGCCUCCUUCUCGCCCCGCGCUUUGCCCCCGCUCCACGUCUCCUCAGUCACCGUAUCUCGCCUCGCAUCUCCGCACUGCUUCCUCGCCAUUCAACCACGUCACUCAGCCUCCCCCACAUCACCGUCACCUCUCUCACAUGCCACGCCUGUAUCAUUUGCCUCCACUGCCCCAGUAGCGAUCGCCCAUGUUGCCGCAGCCCGGCUCCAGGCUCCAGCAGACGCGCGUCUGCUCCUCUCCUUCCG